CGGAUCCCACGGAUAUUUGAGCACCACCCCACACAGGAGAGAAGCCAAGCCGCACCGUCUACAGUCCGCUGUUAUGUGUAAAGCACUCGCAUCCAUGCCCAUCUGCUGCUUGGAAAGGGCCAAAGAGCUGAAAGCCAGGCUAGGAAGCCUUUUGCACAAAUCCGAGAGGAGUCUGUUCAGCUGUAAAAUGGGAAAGAACAAGCCAACCCUGGAGGAGUGCAUGAGGUGGAAAGGAUCAUUUGAACAACUCCUGUCGAGCAAAUAUGGACUGUGCGCUUUCACUGCCUUCUUACUAUCCGAAUUCAGCGAAGAGAACAUUGCGUUCUACUUUGCAUGUGAAGAUUACAGAAGUACCAAAUGUCUCGACGAACUGCCUACAAAAGCCCACAAAAUCUACAACGAAUUCAUCGGCAGCGAGGCUCCCCGGGAGAUUAACAUUGACCACGAAACUCGUGACAUCACCAGAGCCAACAUGAGCUCGCCGUCGCUGCACUGCUUCGACCGGGCGCAGCACAAGAUCUACAUGCUCAUGGCAAAAGACUGCUACCCACGUUUCCUGCGCUCGCCGGCUUUCGGGGAUCUGCUGGGUCAAGCCAAGCGAGGCGCCAAGCCCAGCAAACUGUCCCUGCUGGGGAGGAAGCCCUGAGCUGGUGCCGAUGAAGCCCGUCCGGCCGCACUGACAAGAAAAGUCUCCCCUUCAAUGACCCGCUGGAAAGAGAGCACAGGAUUCCGUUUCCGCAACUGGAACAUCCCUGGAUAGCGCUGCGGGGGUCAAGGCAGCUGCUUUGGAAUGGCACAAAAUAAUCAAGACAGAAGAUAUGGGAGGAAUGCAAAAGCUCUUUUGGGGGGGGGGUCUGUUUGUAAGCACUGUUUUUGACAAGAAAAAUGGGAUAUGAUGAAGUUUUGUAUUUAUUGAUGUGAAUUUUGUGCAUUUAAAAAGAAUCGUGGCCACUCCUCACUAAUAUAUUGCUAUUUAUAUAAAGGUUGUAUUUUUACAUAACAGAAAAUAAACCUGACAAACUGAACAAGAA